ACGAAUGAGCUUUGAGGAUACUGCAGCGCCAGAAUGACCUUUAUUGAAGUGUUUUAAGCACCGGUCGCUGUGGCGGCCACUUGAGCCGCUCUCUGUCUCUCGUUUAUGUCCCCUUGUCCCGAGGUUAGACGGGGUGUAUUGUUUCUAGAAAGGUGGGAACAAGACAGUCGGUGAGAAAUGGGAGGUAACGGCAGCACCACCAGGAAAGUGUCAUUCGGGCUGGACGAAGACGAGAAGGUCACAGUAAUUGAAGGAGUGAAGCUCUCAGAUGAUGUGCUCCGGCGGAUGAGGGAAUCUCAGGGCUCUGACAGCAGCAAGCCGCCACUGUCUCCAACAGAGAGUCAAAAACCGCCACCAAGUCCAAAACCAACGGGACCCUCCACUACAGAAAUACAGGAAGAAAUCCGCAAAAACUUUGAACGUCAACAGGCACUGGUGCAGGAGCAGUUGGCCAGACUGGCCCAGAGGGAGAGAGAGUCAUCAGUAACCACAGGCCUGGAUGAGCUAACCCCUGCUCUCAUCAAAGAGAAAGGAAAGACCUACGAAGAGCAAGAAAAGGCCAAGAUUCUGCCAGCAGAUUUGGAUGCCUGGGCCAAACAAUUGGAGAGGAGGGAGAAGGAACUGGCCAGCAUCUCCAGCUUCUAUAAAGAGCAACUAGAAAUACUGGAGAAGAAGAACCUUGACAACUACAAGCAGACGGCUGACCAGUACAACCAGGCAGCUACUAAAGCUGAGGCUCACAUCCGACCCCGACAGACUGUGUCUCUGUGUACUGAGCUGCAGGCCAAGGUGCUCCAGUGCUACGGAGAAAAUCCACAACAGACCUUGCUCUGCUCCAGCCUGGCCAAACAGUACAUGACCUGUGUCCAGCAAGCCAAGCGAACGACGUAUGUGUCGCCACGUAAGGGUGCUUGCGUGAACGCGUGCACGUGAGCAACACACCGGACAGGCCACAUAUUGUCCCUGCUAGCUGUGUUUCCAUGGUGACAGCAAGGGUUGGUGCUAGCAGCAAGGUGUGGAGGAACCUUCCAGAUAACCCUGAAGGUCAGCACACAGAGCUACAGCUCACAGCACCACUCUGUACUCACACACUUAACCCCCUCCCUGUGUGUGUGUGUGUGUGUGUGUGUGUGUGUGUGUGUGUGUGUGUGUGUGUGUGUGUGUGUGUGUGUGUGUGUGUGUGUGUGUGUGUGUGUGUGUGUGUCUGAAAGAGAGUGACUCAGUUAAGAUGCAUUUCCACUUAUAUAUGGACAUGGUUGGCCACCCUCGGAAUGACAGAGGCUUGUUAUCGCACACACACGUAUUGCACAUAGUCACAGAGCAGACACACACACAGAAUAUUAAUGGUUUUAUAAUAUGCCCACAUAGUUGUUCCUGGAUAUAAAUACACAUUCACACAAGUGGCAGUCAAUGUGGAUGUAGUAGAGUGCAUUUGUUUAUGACAGCCGCAAGGAGUGAUCUAUUGAUCACAGUUCUGACCGAUCUAUACAAUACACGCUCUAUUAUAGAAAUCUAAAUUGAAAUACUGAGACCAAUUAAAUGGAUUUAAGAGCGCGUGCAUGUGUGCGUCUGUCACUCUGUCAAUCCAGUGUUGUGUGUGUGAGUCAGCGAACACAUCCAAAACUUCCUCACCAGGGAUUAGGCAGCUCUAACCCAACAGACAUGAUGCACAUAUUACCUAUAUUAAAUGCAGCACCAUAUUAGAGGUUUCAUCGAGUGACUCUCAUAUCCCCUCUCUCUCCCUGACAUUUCUUUACAAAUACCAGCCUCUAUUCACUCUGUUAUUGCCUUCUCCCAUUCAGCAAUUCUCUGAUUAAACAAGCUCCUGAAAAGCCUAGGCACUGCUAUGUGCCAUUUGGCUUUUAUUAGAAACCCUCCCCCUUUAAUUAAAUUGGCUGAAUUACAGAAAUAUCAGGGAUAUUUCACCAAUAUAUCGGAUAAGAGAGCACAAUGGGUGAAAAAAAGACUGGGCUUUAUGAGAUGUUUUGAAUGCAGUUUUGGUGGUAAAAUGAGAUAAACACAAUCUUGAUGGAGGGGCGAUGUUUAUUUUGUUUUUUUUAAGGAAGCCGAGAUUUGUUGGGUCUGAAUGAGUCUCAUCACCGAAACGCGUCACAGCUGAAACUCUGCGUGCCUGUCAUUUUUAUUUAUUUUUAGAGAAUUUCUUAAGAAGUCGAUUUAUUUUUCACUCCCUCCUUCUCCUCCGACUCUAUUUCAACCCUGCACCUCCAGAGCCAAUGCCUUUAUUUUCCCGCCUUAUUAUUGUGAAAGAUAGGGGAUUGAGGUUGCCGUGGUAACCGGCCUGGCUUUGAUUGGGGGAGACAGCUGCAUGGUGCGAGGUUAGAAGAUGGCUGCUCAUGCCUCACAAUGCACCACUAUUGAUUUCCAGUCCCUGACAAUUACGGGGUCCAGUUGAAUACAGCGGGCUUGCAGAACAUGUGCAUAAAGCAGAUGAGUGUGUGUUUGUGUUGUUGGGGGGGGCAAUCACCGCAUAAGUGCAGGUGUUUGCCUGAAAAGCGAUUCUUUCAGUUGCUGCCAGAGCUUUAACCUCUCAGACGUCCUGUAGCUUGAGCUGGAGACAAGUUUGACAGUCAGCCAUGAAGCCUAAUGUAUAUGUGUGAGCAGCCCCGCACCGUCUCCUUUGUUCGUCUCUCGAAACGGCUGUUUCCCGGCUGUUCUUUCUCAUCCAGCUGAAGAGGUGUCAGCAAAUGAGAGGUGGUGUCAGACUUUGACAAACUGCUGGCCUUUGUAAAGACUUAAUAGGGAUCAAUUCAAGUAAAGUCAGACAUUUGUAGAAUUCACAUGCAGUCAGAUAGAAAUGCUCACACACACACGCGCAUAUGUAGCUACUUCUUCUUGGAGUUCACCCGCUUUUGUCCUACACUUUCCUCUCUCCCUCGCUGUUUCCCUCCCUACUUUUCUUCUCUCUUCCCUCAGCCAACUUGGCAUUGCACAUGUGAGACGUCGACAGUGAGCCUAAUUGGAGUGUGUGGCUCCAUCAAUGACAGUCAUCAUUUUGUUUCUGCACGCAGCACACUGUCGCAUGGAGCUCUCUAGCUAAUUGAAUAGUCUUUUAUUAAACUGUGUUAAUGUGAACUGGAACUGGCUGCUGGUGAAUUGAAUUAGACCCCCUACCACAAUCACCAACUAUGCACAUAAACACACGCAGCUUAGUGAAGCAGUUGGAUGGAUGGAACCUCAGCAUGGAGAGAGGAGGAAGAGGAGAGAAUGGGGAGGUGGGAGAGAGGUGAGUUUUGUUACAUUCAUUGUAAUUUAGAGGAUCUGUGUAAAAGUUUUAUAGGCCCCGGUAUCGCAAUGAAAUUAUGGUAAAAUGGAUGAUGAAAAAAAAUUACGCUUUAUAUAUUACUCAUUUAAAAGUAAUUGCAUCACUUUGCUAAUUGCUCUUUAGCAGAAGUAAUUGGUUACAUUAUUCAUUACAUUACAUCAGCAGCUAGCCUAGCCCCGGUGACUAACUGCACGCAGCACAGCAGAAAGUAAGGCCACAGGGUUCACACACACUGCAACUGGAACUGGAACCCAGGUGAAAAGUGAAUUUUCGGCUAACUAGUGGCUAGUUGGGAAGCGCAGAAACACCUCUGGAAUUACCACAUUUCUUUUUAAUGAGACCUGUCAUUAGAUAGUUCAUGUAAAUUGGGUAAAUGCGUUUUUUGUGAUUUGGGUGAACCAAACUUUUAAGUUGUAUAUGCGGCUGACACGUUUAUCUUGAAGACUUUAUCAGCACUUACAUCCACAUGCAGUCCAAAAAAAGAGAGAUUCAGCCUUCUCCCACAUUUGUCCCAGAUUCCACUCUUCUAAUACACUUACUGUUUGGCCACGCCCCAAUCACUGAUCUCCCCUUUCUUAUAACAUCUUGUAGCUACAAAGCAUCCAGGUCUAUUGUUGCUCUUCUCUGUCACCCUGAGGGACAGAUACUAAUACCUGUGCUGCAAAUAUCUGGAAAUGAAGUUGUGGGAUUUAUGUUUGGCCAGUUGUCUAUAAGAAUAAACAACUGCCUGGAAUUUCAAGGUACAACAGCAAUAAUUUAGUGUCUUAAAAUGUAUUUGUGAGAGUUUCUCAGAUCAUACAUAGUGAAAUGACAUUAGUUUCUACUUGAUGUUGAGCACUGAGUGUACUGCCUCCAUUUGACCCCCAGGGAGAGAACUACUUUCUGUGUCAUCCAGCAUCUGCAGACAAAGACAUACACAGAGAAAAAAUACAAAGGGUGUUAGGACUAUUGAGACAGUGUAGAGAUAACCAGAGGAAGCCCUGAAGCAGCAGGGGACCUGACCCAAGUGUCUGGAGUGAAACUCGGGCUGUCACAACACGUGACUGAGGGUGGAGCAGUUCAAGAACACUACACUGUCAUGGCUGACACUGGAGGAAGAAUGGAGCCUUGGAAGAAAGGGAACAAACAGAAAAGCAGAAGGCUGAACAAACCCGACGCGCCAGUGACGACAGAGAAUGAGGAAAAGGAGCAAGGGAAAGAGGUCAAGGUUGUUCGGGACGAAUUUGUUCAUCUGAGUGCAGGGGGUGGAGAGAAAGACGGGGCGGGUGAAGUUAGGAAGGUAGAGAAAAGAAAGAGCUGGAGAGAUGGUCCGCUGAGGCCUGUAGAGGCAGCUUGAAGAAGAUAGCUCCCUCCUCUCUGCUUUAUUAUAUUACACUGGUGGAUAAAAAGAAUCCGACAUUCUCUAAAGUCAUUACAGCCCAGUAAGACUGGCUCAGAGGGCAACGCAGCUCCUUAACCCCUCUCAGCACAUGCCUGGAUGUGCGUGCGUCUCUCCGAGGGUGAUUGAAUGAGAGGAAGGGGUGCGCACGCGUCUGAGAGAGACUGAGCAGGCAUGUUUGUGUCUACGUAUGUGUGCACACACAAUUCACCAAACCAAAGUGGCACAUCACUUAAUCCUUCCCCAGUAACUAGGAUAAGCCACCAGUCUUAUCUUCCCUUCUCCCCCCUCGUUCUUUCCCUCACUCUGUCUUUCCUCAGGAAACUAUUGUCCCUUUUCCCGUCAUACACUCCACACACCCCCCCACCCCCUUCCCUUUCUCAUUCUUAUUAUUACCCUCCUCAGCCCCAGACUUUAAUGCCUCAUUAUUCUGUAUUUAGGGCCUGAAAUCUUCUCUUGUGUCGGCAGUAGGGGCUAACAUGGAUUCUACAUUUCUUUGGUUCUUUAUUGCCAGGCUGUGCACAGGAUUUGAGAGCAUCUUUCCGGGAGAAGAAGGAUUUUGCCGCCAUCGACAAUCACGCUGGCAGCUCCUGGCAAGGUGUGAUAUUGUGAUAUGCCAAGAAUUGUUGCUACAUCUACCCGUGGGAAUGGAGCAACAGGUCUAAGGAUAUCUGAGGUUAUGUUGAGUUUCAGGUGCAGUAAAUGUGUGGUUUGUUUUUAACGCGACAGAUUAGGCGGUGGCUAAGAGGAAUGUAUCAGUGACUGUUCAGCUAAUCUUCUCUGUUCAUUCAUUUUAGUAGCUUGUUAUACACUCACACAGUCAGUGCAACAGUACAGAAAACUACAGGUUCAGAUUCACAAAUAUCUACAAUUUUUUAUAUAUACGAAAAAGGAAAACUAAUUAAAAAGGAUAAGUCUGGUGAUAUUUUAUAUUUUUCUUAAUUGUCAUGUCAAGACCAACACCAACAAUGAAUUCAAUUAUCUGUGUAGCCAAAGUCUGAUAUUUAUAUCUUUUAUCUGUGUUUUAUUUGAUUGACUUUUAUUAUGACUGCCUUCACAUUUAGCUGGAAAGAUUUUCUCUCUAAUAAUCAGGUAUCAGUUUGAAAUCAAACCAUUUUGCCAUAUUGCUUGCAACAGCAACGGUGAUUUUCCUUAAAUAUUCGGACAAACUUGUUAGUUGUUAAGUGUCUAGAUGUUUAAUUGCAAACACGGUUGUUAACCAACACAAACUCAUACUUGGGCUCACUAUAAUAUACAUUAUUCCAUUUCAGGAAAUUACCUUGAUAACAUUAUUACUACUACUGCACAUUAAUCUAAAAAAUAAGAUAAGAUGGUGCCAGCAUUAUAUUUCAUUUCAUCCAUCCAUCCAUUUUUGCUCAGUGUCCAUUGUCUUUUAUUUUCCCCAGUGCAUCAUCACCUUAAGUAGUAUGGAAAUUAGCGAGGCAAGAAGACAAAUUAAAAGAAAUGAUAAUCAAAUAUUGGUGCACCCAUGUGCCUUUUUGUUAUUAAUAUUUAAUUGAUGUCUGCUACAUUUCAUGCGCGAUACCCUUGCCAAGUUUUCUUUAAUUUUCUUCCCGUUUGUGCAGUUCCUAGUUCAAACUGAGAGUGUACGGUUUGGGUGGAUUUUGUGUUCAUUUGUAACAUUAAAAUACAGCCAGUGCUAUGCCCUUUGAGACUUUUGCUGCAAUUAAGAGCUGUAUAAAUCCAUGUGAUUUAGUAAAGUGCUAGAGUAUGGAGGAAGAAGACACAAGGCCAGUUUUUAAGUGAACAAUUACAGUUACAGAGGGCAUAUCGUUCAAAGGGUGAUGUGAUGCACUUCUCAAAAAGAUUACUGACAUCUUAAAAACGUGACUGCUUGGCAACCUCUUAACAAACGUGUCUUCAGUCGAUCAGUAGCUAUGUUUGUAGUAUGCACUUGUGCUUACAGAGUUACUUUCUUCUCUUAAAGUGGACUUGUAGUGGCUGUAAAAGCCAAGUUAUGUUGCCAGGGUAUGCUUAAACAAACUAGUUUGGACAAAGUGUCAUCCGACCACGUCUAAAGGCAAAACUAACUAAAAGCCGCCACAGAAAGGGUCCAGAUGUGAUGGUAAACUUACUGUACUUAUGUAGUGCCUUUCUAGUCUUGGGACCACUCGAAGCUGUACAUGACAUGCCACAUUCAUCCGUUCAUACAGUUAUGACAGAGGCCAUCACAAAUGGAAAGUAAUUUAUUCAUUCACAUUCACACACCGGAGUUGGGGUUUGGUAUUCGACAUGCAGCGGGAGGAGCCGGGGAUCAAAUCGCCAACCUUCCGAUUAUUGGAUGGCCCGAUCCACCUCCUGAGCCACAGUCACCCCUGAUGGAUGGUGCAGAUGAUAACGGUACAUACUUUCAAACAGCCUCUCCUCAAAUGUAGUCAUGGCAUUUCACUCAUUUUUACAUACAAAAAGUGACAAAAAUAGCUUGACAGGUACUUUUAUUUUACUCAUGCUGUCACCUUAAGACUGGCCUGGUCAGGCAGUUACCGUUUGACACACUUGCAACACUCACACACUCUUCUCUCUCCAUACUCCAUGUCUGUCAGUCAUGCACUCACACGCAGAUGUAAUGUCAAUAAUGGCAGGGUGCUGUUUGUAUAAUGAUCCUAUCUUCCCAGACUGGCGGGGUGCUAUCGGCUUUGUCUGUCAUACAAAGAGAAGAGAGGCAGUGUGAGUGCAAGUGGAUCUCCCCUCCACACACACACACACACACACACCGAACCCCUCUAUCAUGGCGUCCUCCCAUAGACUUCCUGUGUCAACAGAAGCUUUGAUUAACCGGGGACAGGCACUAGCCAUUGUAUCACUUGGACAAAAGCAGUGUUAUAUGGUGAAUUUCUAUUGAAGACAGUACACUGCAAGUUGCAGCAGUGAAAUUAUGUGGUACAGCCUGGCACAGCAUGGAGGUUCUAAAAAGAAUAUUUGAUUUUAAUACAUCAAAUCAUUUUCAAUUUUCCUUUCAACCCUGCUGCUUUGUUUUCCGCUCCUUGUUUGCGAUUAAUACUCUAAGAACUCUAUAUGUGCUGACUUUCUUCUUGUAACUUCAGCUAGGAUUCAUCUAGAGAACAUAAUUAAACACAGUCAAUUUCCUUCCCCCACUGACAGUGUGAUUUUACCUUAAACUUCCAAUUAGCUGCCUUCACUUUAGCUAUCCAUCACUCUCCAGAAAGGCUUUCUCUACCCACCACAUGAUGUACAUCAUCCACACUGUGAUCAAUUUAACUCUGAUGAUAGGCAUGUGGGCUGGAUCCAUCGAACCCAGCUAGUUAUGAGAGCAAAAGGAAAAUUAAUAUUUAGCUGCUUUCGUGUACAGAGGCGGAGGUGACGUGUGUGCACAUAAGAUUGUGGGUGCUGUCUGUGUGUGUGAUUGUGUGUGUUUGUGUUUGUCUACUAGCAGAUAAGUGACAGGGUUAGGGACCUCUGAAUGAUGCCCUCUGCCUCUUUACCUGCUGCCAGGGAGUCUGCCAGGUGAGAAGCUGGCCGGUGCCAAUAGGGCAACUGAAUGCCAAUCAACAGUGGCCUGCAGGUCAUGUGUGGUCAACAUUUGUUAGAGGAGGGGGAUGAGAAGCUGUAGUGUGGACUUGGUAAUGUUUUAAUGAGCUUUGUGUUGGUGUAACUGCGUGUCAGACUCAUGUGGGACGUAGCUGACAGACUUCUGCUGGAGGCAGGAGACUGAUUUGGACACAUGCUCAGGUAUCAGAGAUAAGGGAGUGUGUGUCUCCUGCUGAGGCGUCAACUGAAGCUUGGUUCUACCUAUAGAUGGCAGCAUUACACUCAGAGUCCUCCGUCCCUGUGUCACACCCCUCUUACAACCAUUUCAUUGCAGCACAGCAAAGACUCUGUGACACUGUUUCAAGACACUGAUCCCUACAGGGAAAUUCACUUUAACCUCAUGAAGAGGUCAACACAGGUUGUAGCCUCCUGCAACUGCUAGAGUCUCAGUUGUUUUUUUUGCUCACAGACACUAAGGCAGGCCAGGUUACCUGCUGUCAACACCAGGUCAAAUUUAGACAGAUUUUAUCUUGGUUUCAUGGUCUACUGUAUAAGCCCUUAUUAAAGUGGAAUUUUUUAAAGUAAAUUACAUUUGUUACAGCAGUUUUUUUUCAAUUUUCCAGAGAAAUUAGAGUAUGGGAGUAGUAGAAAUACUACCUCUACUACUUGAAAACUGAAAAUAUACUGUGUUGAUCAGUUUUGUAGUGUCUAUGGCUAAUUUACACCCUCCCUACCACCUAUUCAUAUCAUCAAUCCAUUCAUUCAAAUAGAUUUUUAGAAUUUGUGAAGGGGGCGUGUUCAAGCUAAAGCAGGGUGUUAUUGUGGUCUUUAAAGGCUUUGUGUAAUCAUCGUGCAAGAACAAUCAAUUUUUCCUUAUCUGUUUGUAUCAUGAAUUGAUCAUUUGCAGUAACAUAGUCAUGUGCCGUACCUUUUCUUGACUGAAGUCACUGCAGCCAGCCAAGUACACAGAACCCCUCCGAACCAUAAUUUGCCACCAUAGUUUUUACACUCACAGUAUUUAUACAGAUUAAACAAAUGAGAUAUAACAUGUUAAUUAGCUUUAGAGGUGCUAGUCAAGAGAUUUUGCCACAUUUGGACCGAGCCAGGCUAGCUGUUUCCCCCCGUUUUCAGUCUUUAUGCUAAGCUAAGCUAACUAGCCACCCACUCCAAUUACAUAUUUAUCAUACAGAAAUGAGAGCGGUAUUCAUUUUUCUCAUCAAAUUCUAGGCAAGAAAGCAAAUAAGUGUAUUUCCCAAAAUGUUGAACUACCCCUUUAAACCAGAGGACUGACUGAUUGGCACACACACACCAGCAUGCAGCCCGCAUAAACUGGGUCACACAGUCUGUUGUACAGAUGCCUCUACAUUCUGCUUACUAUCACAACCCAUGAAAUUGAUUCUUUUUAUCUGUAUGUUUGUGAGCGUUUUCAUGGCAUGACACAGGUUGCUCUCCCUCAUUCCCUCCAUGCCCUCGCCAUACAGUACCUGGUAUGUCUGUGUUGUGUACGAGAUACUCAUUUCAUGCUUCAUUUGUCACCUCACAAGCUCCGUUAAUAAACAAGGCCCUUUGUUGCCGCUGUCUCCCUGACACCUCUCUGUGAGCCCGUGUGUGUCGGCUGUCAGACGACUUGUCUUCAGCGCCCGUGUGGGAUUAGGCGAGGCGUCAUGCUCAUCAGUAUCACGCCGUUGUGUCGAUAGCGAGGGAAAAUAAUGUCGAACUCAUUACCAACUUCACCCUCACCCAUUUAGGGAUUAUAACUCCUUCCAACAACAAAUCAGUAAAUCUGAUUGUUCUCGGAUUGUGUGACAAUGCAUUUUUGAAUUGAAAAAUGGUGCAUUUUACAUUAAGUUAAUCACAGGAAACAGUCGAACUGCUGUUGUAUUUUGCCUGCGUUAUCUGUCCGUCCAUGUGUCUGUCUAUCUGCUUGUCUUUGUGGGGAAAAAAAAAGGGAAAAAAGAUUACAUAAGAACUGCUCAAGGGCAUGGUUCAUCUCCUGUCUGACCAGAAUGCACCUGUGAUGGGAGAGAGCAGCCCUAACACCUAGUGCUAGCACUAAGGAAAGUCCAUUUUUACAUUCAGCCUCCUCUCUCUUUGCAUUUUAAAUCUUUCAAGGACCUCGGCGAGGCCGCUGCUGUCGUUUUUCCUUUGCAUUUUUUUAGAAACACUUGAAAUGAUUCUCUUUCAUGACACAUUCAUGGCAGGCGGGUGAAACGCUUGGAGGAAGAUGCAAAAAAGUGGGCGUAAAUGUGACUAUAAUAAAAGCCUUGAGGAUCUUUAGAGUAACAUGGGUUUUUUUUAAACAUGUUUGUUUAAUAAACUAAUGCAGACACACGCAUGACGAUGAAGAGGAUAUCAUAGUAAUUCAUAUUCAUUUCACUUUAUGCCACACUCUAUUAAAAAGCAGUUUCCUUGGAGCCUAACAUUGAAUUUUGAGUUUAUUUUUUCCACUCAGACAGCAUGAAGGAGUGUUUGUAUGUUGUGUUAUUAAAAGGGAGAGAGCUGAGACAGUGACUAAUCUAUUUCCUUUCACACACAGCAACCAGUAAUCACUGUUCUAUGGAGCUGCUCACUCAUCCAUCCAUAAUGUUAUCAAGACACAUUAUCUGUGUGUGUGUGGGUGUAGGUGUGUGUGUGUGUGUCUGUGCAUUACACGUCUGUGAUUUUUAGGGGCUUGGAAAUCAGGUGUUAAAAAUGCUUGUGUGGGCAUUUUGGUGUGUGCAGGAGUGGACAUUUGUGUUUCUCAGGAUUUGAAAAAGUGUGUAUUCGCGUGCCUUUGUGUCGGAGCUCCGUCCACGCUGCACAUCCAAAUGCAACACGUUCUCCCUGCAGCCUGUGGCUCAGUCUCACAUUGUCAACCAGUGGAGGUCACACUCUAAUGUGUGAACGUUGCUCCCUGUGCCCGGCCCUGAAAGGCAGAUGAAGCUUCCUGCUUGGACAAGGCCACAAAGACACGUCUCCCAGCUGUUUUUUUACAGAGUCCGGCUUGUUGCUACCGGUGUCUCUAUAUUAUCUAUAUUAUCUAUUGUAUCUAUCUGUAAAAAUGGAUUUUAGCACACAUGCAGGUGAACCACUCAUGGAUAGGACUGAAACAUACAAGCCUGAGAUGUGUGUUGUGUGUUGGGAUGCAGAAGGGAUGAAGACAUCACAGUCACAAACAAUAGGUGGACCUUCAAAAGGUGAGGUAAUGCUGUAAAUCAGGUGUACUGUAGGAACAUGCACACAUAGUGGGAGGCUGGCUCGCACCUAGGUGGUACCAAUAAUGUUGAUGCUGAUCUUUUUGGACAUGAAUGACCUCUGUAUGGACUGUAUUUAUGCUGUUGAUGUUGUAUUACAGAACAACAUGAGAAAAAAUAAAAACAUUGCCUCACCUAUGGGAGAGAAAGGAAUCACCAUUUUCCAUUAUUUCCUGACUAAUUUAUUCUAUUUGCCACACAUGGGUUGAAGAUUACUUUUCAGUUUCUUGUUGUAGAAUUGAAAUAAGAAUAAUGUGUGCAUGUUUGUGAAUGAAUGAUAGGUACAUACAUGUUUAAUAAUAUACAAAGUUAUUUAUUACAUGUUUCCCUGUGCUCAGUGGAGUUCUCAGAGAUCUCUGUGUGCCGUGUGUGUUUGUGCAGAGAUAGCGUACAGUGGUCAGGCAGUGAUCCUCUUCAUGACAGCGUUAGGACCCUGACCUCAACCUGCCCUGUUUUGCUGCCCUCAGCCUGCUACCGCCUACACCUGUCAUCACCCAUUAGAUCAUAUGGCACAUAACGCCACAGGAUGGAUCGUCGUCCACUCUUUGACCUUUCUUUCAUUCAACAUAUACAAUAUACAUGAUGUAGAACAGUCAGUAAGCCUCUCCCCUUUUAAUUUCUCCUUAUUUUGAUCAGCAGCGGCAUCUGUCAGACUGCACUGUUCGGACAUGGUUGGAGGGAAUCCAUUGUUGAUCCACUGUAAGCCAAGACAAGCAUAUCAGUUGUUAUCCUGUGGGUUGUAUCACAUGCUACCAGUGGAAGCAAUAAACUUCUUAUUUUUGCUCAAUAA